AUGCGUGCAUUGUUGCGUCAGCAGUAUGCGCUGCAUUCACGUGCGCCACGUGAAAUGUUCACGUUCCGUGCUAUCGCCUUCAUGAAAUUGGCCUCAAAUCUCUAUCCAGUUGGCGAAGGAUUUCAUCCGGUUAUCAGUCCACUUAUCGCAUUCGCUUGUCGUCUUAUUUCAACUGUACGAAUUUGUAAUAUCAGAGAUGCUGCACGCGCUUUGCUAUUAGUUCGAAUCCUCGGAUCGUAUUUUGCUGCUAGUAAGAGGUUUUUACCGGAAGCCAUUGCUUUUCUGCAUGGUAUAUUCCUAGUGGCUGUUGAAAAUACAGAUGAUGAACGCAGUCCAACGGCUACUUUUCCUGUCUCGCUACCUCAUCGCAGAAUGCUUUUUAUUACCAGUGAU